UGCAAAGGGGGCCUUGCCCGAUCUCUCACGGCUCGGCUCGACCACGCUCCGCGGGGUUGAGGCGCGAUGGAGUCGGUAGUGGAGGAGCUGAUGCCCCGCCUCUUACCGGUGGAACCCUGCGACUUGGCUGAAGACUUCGACCCCUCCGUGCCACCUCGGACACCCCAGGAAUAUCUGAAACGGGUCCAGCUUGAAGCAGCACAAUGUCCAGAUGUUGUGGUGGCACACAUUGAUCCAAAGAAGUUGAAAAGAAAGCAAACAGUGAAUGUUUCACUUUCAGGGUGCCAGCCAGCUCCUGAAGGAUAUUCUCCAACAAUUAAAUGGCAACAGCAACAAGUAGCACAAUUUUCAACUAUUCGUCAGAGUGUGAACAAGCAUAGAAAUCACUGGAAAUCACAACAUUUGGAUAACAAUGUCACCAUGCCAAAAUCUGAAGAUGAAGAAGGCUGGAAAAAGUUCUGUCUUGGUGAAAAGUUAUAUGCUGAAGUGACUCUUACAACAGCUACAGGUGAAAAUCCAGGAAUAAACUAUGUGCAGAUUGGUUUUCCUCCUUUGCUUAGUAUUGUUAGCAGGAUGAAUCAGGCAACAAUAACUAGUGUCCUAGAGUACCUGAUUAACUGGUUUGGAGAAAAAGACUUUACUCCUGAAUUGGGAAGAUGGCUCUAUGCUUUGUUAGCUUGCCUUGAAAAACCAUUAUUACCUGAAGCUCAUUCAUUAAUUAGGCAACUUGCAAGAAGAUGCUCUGAAGUGAGAGUCUUAGUGGAGAGUAAAGAAGAUGAAAGAGUACCUGCUUUGAAUUUAUUAAUCUGUUUGGUGAGCAGGUACUUUGAUCAGCGUGACCUGGCUGAUGAACCUUCUUGAUAGAAAGAUAUAAAAAUAAUCUUCAAUUGUAGAAUACUUAUGAUGUAAAAGAAACAAGCAACAAGGCAGAUUUCAUCAAAAUUUCAGUGUUUUGUAAGAAUCUUAAAUUUGAUAUAUUACUGAAAUUGAUGUUCUUCGCAAGAUCAAUGUUGUGUUUAAGACUCAUUUGGCUGAGCGGCAUGUCACAUAGUUAGCAAUUAGUUUUAUUCAAAAGUGUCUUCAGUUGCAAACCUUUCAGAAAUAUUAAAGUCAUUCAAUAAGUGAAAUGCCUUGUAUAAUAACCUUUUUUAAGUAAUACAUGUUUUUAAAGUUCCUAAAUAAUGAAUGCUGAAGAUACUUGAUGGAAAUAAGUUUUAAAAUUCCUUUUGCUGAAAGUAAAAAUUAAGAAAUUAAGAAAGUAAAAAGUAAGAAAUAUUAAGUAAAAUAUUAAGAACAUAUUGACCAAAACAAAAUGCAUCAACGUUAGGAAAUGAGAUAAUAUUUAUUGCGAUAAACUCAUGAGGAAUACUUAAUAUAAAAGAUUUGAACAUGUGUAACAUGUUUUAAAUUGUGCGAAAUGAAUAUUCCUAUUAUCUACUACAGUUGAAGAAUGGACAUUCUCAAUUACCCAUUACUGAAUGUAGUGAAAUUGACCUCAACAAAUAAUCUUUGCAUGUGAAGAGUCAUCCUGAUUGGUCUCAUGUUUUUAGAGCUAUAGUUCUUUAUUCGUUUAUCGAAUCUAGUAUCCAACCCAUAAAUUUCCUUCAUCUGCUUUCUUGCCAAGAUUUACCUCCUUUCUAGAAUUCUACUUUUGCUGAACCCAGAAAUUAUCUUCCAGGAUGUUUUUGUAGUGCUAUGAGUGGAUUUAAAAUAAAAGUUUUUUCAUACAGA